AAUAUUUAAACGCCAAAUACAAGGCACGACUUAAGACAAAUCAGCUGCCAAAGUGCCAAGUUAUCAAAAAAUGUCAGCCAACAAGGAAAAUAACCUUGUUCAGGCUUAUGUAGAAUUAAAUAAAUUCUGCCAAAGCGGUGACUAUGAGAGAGCGUUAAAAGCUGCAGGCAAAGUCCUGCAGAUUGCACCAAAUGAACAGAAGGCUUUUCACUGCAAAGUGAUAUGCUUCAUCCAACUCCAUAACUUUAAGGAGGCAUUAUCUGUACUUUGUAACUCUAAGAAUGCCGCCUUAGCCGCUGACUUGCAUUUCGAAAAGGCGUACAGUCAAUACCGACUGAACUGCCCGAAGGAUGCUUUGGAGACUGUUGAUAGUGCGCCGGAGCUGACACCAGCUUUAAAAGAACUUCGGGCUCAAAUUUUAUAUCGCCUAGAGCAAUACCAAGAAUGUUACAAUCUCUACCGAGAUAUCGUUAAGAACACCACCGAUGAUUAUGAAGAUGAGCGAAAAGCAAAUAUGUCUGCUGUUGUUGCCAACUUAGCUGCUCUUAAUCCUUCUGCAGACUUACCAUCGUUUGAAGAGAGCACAUAUGAGCUGUCAUACAAUGCUGGUACAACUCUAGCUAUGAGGGGAAAAUACAAUGAGGCUCUACAAGUACUUAAGAAAGCAGAACAGACGUGCUCGGAGAGCGUCAUUGAAGACGGUGGUAAUGAAGAGGAAGCCAAGGAGGAAGCUGCUAUUAUCAGAGUACAGCAAGCGUACUGUCAACAGCAAAUGGGCAAAGAAAAGGAGGCUGCAACCAUUUACCAGAAUGUAUUAAAAGAUAAACCCUCUGAUCAGGCUUUAAUUGCUGUCGCAAGCAACAACCUUAUAGUUAUUAAUAGAGACACUAACGUAUUUGAUUCUCGUAAACGUAUGAAGGCAGCGACUCAAGAUGGACUGGAGCACAAACUGAACUCAAGGCAACGUGCUACAAUCGCUUACAACCAGGCUAUUCUUGCAAUUUACUCCAAUCAGCCGGACUUUUGCAAGCAGUGUUGUGUAAAACUAACCCGUGAAUUCAAUCAAGAGAAAAAGGCAGCCUUAGUUGAAGCAUCGUCGUUAGUGAAGGAGGGAAAGCGUUCCCAAGCCGUUACUUUACUGCUUAAACAUGGAGGACAAUUAGUUCUAGCGGCCGCUCAGGUUUUAUUGGCUCAAGGUGACCGUAAAGGAGUUGUCAAGUUGCUAGAAGAGAGUGAAUUUAAAUAUAAACCUGGAAUUAUUGGUCUACUUUGUACUCUGUUGACGGCCGACAAUGAGUAUGAGAAAGCUUCCGAACUGUUCACCGAUGUGUAUGAACAUUAUAAGGAUAGUGAUGAGAUGGUGGCGGAGCUGCGGGCGGUGUGGCGGGCGGCGGCCGAGGCGCACGCGCGCGCCGGGCGCGGCGCGGAGGCGGCGCGCGCGCACGAGGCGCUGGCCCGCGCCGCGCCGCACGACCGCCGCAGCCUGGCGCGCCUCGUGCGCGCGCUGGGCGCCGCCUCGCCGCGCGCGCGCCAGCUGGCCGCGCGCCUGCCGCCCGUGUCCGAGCUGGAGGGUAAAAUCGAUGUCGAUGCAUUGGAAUCGUCGAAUUGGAUGAUGGGAGCGAAGGUUGUUAAGAAAACAGGUCAAAGUAAACAAGAACAAUCACCUGGUCCACCUGGGUCUGAUCCAAGCAAGGAGAAGACUAAGACCAAACGAAAGCGCAAGACCAAGCUUCCGCCCAACGCUGAUCUGUCUAAACCUCCGGAUCCAGAAAGAUGGUUGCCUAAGUACGAACGCACCGCGUACCGUAAACGGCGCGGUAUCCGCCGUGACGUCAUCAAGGGCAGUCAGGGGAUGACUACAAACGCCGUUGAUCAGUAUGACAUGAGCAAACAAACUCCCAGUGCUACGGUCACUGCUAAGAGCCCUCGUGUGGAAGUCAAGUCAAAUGAUAACGCUUGGCAACGCAAACAACAGCAGAAGAAAAAGGGCAAGGCUAAGGGAAAAUGGUAGUUCCGUAAUAAACUUUUGAGAUGGAAA